ACGAAAAAAAGAGAGUAGGAUUUACGACCUAUAAUUAAUGAUCAACAUUAAAAAAAAAAAAAAAAAAAAAGAAGAAAAAUCGAUCCCUCUUUUGAUUAUAUAUAGCAGUGAAGUGUAUUGAUGAAGAGCUUGGAAGCUGGGGCGUCAUAUUCUGAGCAGUAAAAGAGUUUUGAAGAGAGAAGAAAAGGAAUAAAAAGAUGAUGAAGGAUUUAUGGACCGUUUUCUGUGGUGAAUCUGGGUGUUCAGAUACAAGCGGCUGCAGUUCUACAUUUGAGUUACUGAGUCAUCCUUCCUCAUGCCUUGAUCAUGCAUUGUACAUUGGGUUUGAUAUUUUGCUUCUUGUCAUGCUCUUAUUCAAUAUGAUUCAGAAACCACCCUCUAAAUUUGCUCAAAAUCAAGCUCGCUUUCUGGGGUUUUCGAAUCUGCAGAAAGUGUCUGCUGGUUUUAAUGGCUGUGUUGGAUUGACUUACUUGUGCUUGGGUAUCUGGAUUUUGGAAGAGAGGUUGAGGAAGACCCAUACUGCUUUGCCUUUGAGUUGGUGGUUGCUAAGUUUAUUUCAAGGGCUCACAUGGUUGCUAGUUGGUUUAACAGUGAGUAUCCAGGUGAAGCAGCUUCCAAGAGCACCAGUUCGAAUGUUGUCCAUUUUAGCUUUCUUAUUUUCUGGAUUUGUUUGUGUUCUUUCUCUGUUCGCCGCUGUUUGGAGCAAAGAAGUGUCGGUAAAGUUGGCUUUAGAUGUAUUGUCUUUCCCAGGAGCCAUAUUGUUGUUGUUUUGUGUUUAUAAGGGCUCUAUAGAUGAAGAAAGGGAUGAAAAUGCCAUCCAGAAUGGUCUCUAUACACCUUUGCAUGAGGCCAAUGGCAUCAUUAAACGGGAUUCGGUUACUCCAUUUGCCAAAGCUGGUUUUUUUGGUAGGAUGUCAUUUUGGUGGUUGAAUUCACUGAUGAAAAGGGGCAGGGAGAAAACUCUGAAUGAUGAAGAUAUACCUGAAUUGCGAGAAGUAGAUAGAGCAGAAAGUUGUUAUCUGUCAUUCCUGGAGCAAUUGGAGAAACAGAAACGAACUGAUCCUUCUUUUCAGCCAUCAAUAUUGAAGACAAUAAUAUUCUGCCACUGGGAAGAGAUUUUCGUGUCUGGGCUUUUUGCCUUGCUGAAGAUUAUCACUAUCUCGGCUGGUCCUCUGCUCCUUAACGCAUUCAUUUUGGUUGCUGAAGGAAAAGAGAAUUUCAAGUAUGAGGGUUAUGUAUUGGCCUUGUUACUUUUCCUUGCAAAAAGCACUGAAUCCUUAUCACAAAGGCAGUGGUACUUCAAAACCAGAGUUAUUGGCAUGAAAGUGAGGUCUUUGCUCACAGCUGCCAUAUACAAGAAGCAACUGAGAUUGUCUAAUUCUUCCAGGUUGGUUCACUCCAAUGGUGAGAUAAUGAAUUAUGUUACAGUAGAUGCCUAUAGAAUUGGAGAAUUCCCAUACUGGUUCCAUCAAACUUGGACGACUAGCCUUCAGCUCUGUAUUGCAUUGGUAAUUCUUUAUCGAGCAGUUGGGCUAGCUACAAUAGCAGCUUUGGUUGUAAUAAUUCUCACCGUGCUUUGCAAUACUCCGGUUGCAAAGUUACAACAUAAGUUUCAGUCCAAGCUUAUGGCAGCACAAGAUGAAAGACUGAAGGCUUGUUCCGAGGCUCUUGUGAACAUGAAAGUGUUAAAAUUAUAUGCAUGGGAAACUCAUUUUAAGAAUGCAAUACAAAAUUUGAGGAAUGCAGAGUAUAAAUGGCUAUCGGCAGUGCAGUUAAGGAAAACAUAUAAUGGCUUUCUGUUUUGGUCAUCACCUAUUUUGGUCUCCGCAGCAACCUUUGGAGCAUGUUACUUGCUCAAAAUUCCUCUGCAUGCAAGUAAUGUUUUCACCUUCGUGGCCACUUUACGCCUCGUUCAGGAGCCCAUCAGAUCAAUCCCUGAUGUUAUCGGGGUUGUCAUUCAAGCGAGGGUUGCAUUUACACGUAUUGUCAAAUUUCUUGAGGCACCAGAACUGCAGUCUGCAAGAGUCCGGCGAAAGUACAAUUCUGACAGUAUGGAUCACACUGUUGUUAUUAGUUCAGCUGACUUUUCUUGGGAAGAGACUUUAACAAAGCCCACACUCAGAAACAUAAAUUUACAGAUUGCUCCUGGUGAAAAGGUAGCUGUAUGUGGAGAAGUUGGGUCUGGAAAAUCAACCCUUCUAGCAGCGAUUCUUGGAGAAGUUCCUAAUGUUCGAGGAAGUAUUCAAGUUUAUGGGAAGAUUGCAUAUGUUUCUCAGACAGCAUGGAUCCAAACGGGCACAAUACAGGAAAAUAUUUUAUUUGGUUCUGCCAUGGAAAGCCAAAGAUACCAUGAAACACUUGAGAGAUGUUCACUAGUAAAGGAUCUUGACUUGCUUCCCUAUGGAGAUCUAACAGAAAUAGGGGAGAGAGGAGUCAAUCUAAGUGGCGGUCAGAAGCAGCGAAUCCAACUUGCUCGAGCUCUUUAUCAGAACGCUGACAUAUAUCUCUUGGAUGACCCGUUCAGUGCUGUUGAUGCACAUACUGCUACAAACUUAUUUAAUGAAUAUGUCAUGGAAGCACUUUCAGGGAAGACAGUCCUACUGGUGACCCAUCAAGUUGAUUUCCUGCCUGCAUUUGAUUCUGUUCUGUUAAUGUUGGACGGAGAGAUCCUAGAAGCAGCUCCUUACCAUCAGUUAUUAUCCUCUAGCCUUGAAUUUCAAGACCUUGUCAAUGCACACAAAGAGACUGCUGGAUCUGAAAAGCUUGCAGAUAUCACUUCUACUAAAAAACAUGGAACAUCUGAGAGGGAGAUUAGGCAGAGUUACGUAGAGAAGCAAAAUAUAGUGUCUAAAGGUGAUCAGUUGAUUAAGCAAGAAGAAAGAGAAGUAGGAGAUAUAGGUUUAAAGCCAUAUAAACAGUAUCUGUGUCAGAAUAAAGGGUUCACAAAUUUCUUCAUGGCCAACCUUGCGCAUCUUACAUUUGUGAUUGGUCAGAUAUUGCAGAACUCUUGGAUGGCUGCCAACGUUGACAAUCCUCAAGUCAGUGAAUUGCGAUUGAUCAUGGUUUACUUGUUAAUUGGAAUUGCCUCAACAAUAUUUUUGCUUUUUAGAUCUCUUUCUACAGUUGCUUUGGGCCUUCAAUCAUCAAAGUCUAUAUUUUCACAACUACUCAACUCCUUAUUCCGUGCUCCAAUGUCCUUUUAUGACUCCACGCCUUUGGGAAGGAUACUUAGUCGGGUUUCUUCUGAUCUGAGUAUUGUUGAUCUUGAUAUCCCGUUUUGCUUUGUCUUUGCUGUUGUGGCUUCACUAAAUGCUUGUUCCAAUCUUGGAGUACUGGCUGUUAUCACAUGGCAAGUCUUGUUUGUGUCAUUACCUACAGUUUAUCUGGCAUUGCGAUUACAGAGAUAUUAUUUUUCCACUGCCAAAGCAUUGAUGAGGAUCAAUGGCACAACAAAAUCCUUAGUGGCAAAUCAUCUUGCCGAGUCUGUGGCAGGAGCUAUAACGAUAAGAGCCUUUGAGGAGGAAGAACGAUUCUUCAGAAAGAAUCUAGACCUCAUUGACACAAAUGCUAGCCCAUUCUUUCACAGUUUCGCAGCAAAUGAGUGGUUGAUCCAACGGUUAGAAAUACUCAGUGCAACAGUUCUGGCAUCUGCAGCACUCUGUAUGGUCCUGCUUCCUCCGAACACUUUUAGCUCCGGCUUUGUUGGAAUGGCUCUUUCAUAUGGUCUGUCAUUAAACAUAGCUAUUGUCUUUUCGAUUCAGCAUCAGUGCACUCUCGCAAAUCACAUCAUCUCAGUAGAAAGGCUAUAUCAAUACAUGUACAUACCUAGUGAAGCUCCUGAAGUAAUUGAAGGAAACCGUCCCCCAGCAAAUUGGCCAGCUUUUGGCAAAAUAGAGAUUCAUGAUUUGCAGAUCAGGUAUAGACCCAAUGCACCACUUGUUCUAUGCGGAAUCAGUUGCACAUUUGUCGGAGGACACAAGAUUGGUAUAGUUGGUCGGACUGGCAGCGGGAAGACUACUCUAACUGGGGCCCUGUUUCGUCUGGUGGAGCCUGCUGGAGGGAAGAUUAUAGUAGAUGGCAUAGACAUCUGUACAAUUGGACUUCAUGACCUGAGGUCACGUUUCGGAAUAAUACCUCAAGAUCCUACUCUUUUCAAUGGGACUGUGAGAUACAAUUUGGAUCCCUUGUCUCAACAUUCCGACAAGGAAAUAUGGGAGGUCCUUGAAAAAUGUCAGCUUCGGGAAGCCGUUGAGGAAAAAGGAGAUGGCUUAGACUCCUCAGUUGUGGAUGAUGGAUCAAAUUGGAGUAUGGGACAAAGGCAACUGUUCUGUUUAGGACGUGCCCUUUUAAGGAGAAGUCGGGUGUUGGUGCUUGAUGAAGCAACUGCAUCAAUCGACAAUGCAACUGAUAUGAUACUGCAGAAAACGAUCCGAAGUGAAUUUGCAGAUUCUACAGUAAUCACAGUAGCUCACAGGAUACCAACUGUGAUGGAUUGCACAAUGGUUCUUGCCAUCAGUGAUGGAAAACUAGUUGAAUAUGAUGAACCAAUGAAGUUAAUGAAAAGGGAAGACUCACUUUUUGCGAAGCUGGUGAAGGAAUACUGGUCUCAUUUGCAAUCUGCAGAAUCACAUUGAUAAUGGCAACGACUUUGUUAUGUUGCUUCACUAUGUGACUGUAAAAUCUAUGAGUAGGAAGAAGUAUGGUUGGAUGUUAAAUUACAACCAUAACACAAAAUAAAAACUCUUUAAAUA